CACUUUCACCCCCUCUCCUUUUCCAUCACCAUUUAUUUUUUAAUUUGAUUUCCCAAUGGUCUCCUCCUUUUCUUAGGAUUAUUGUGUAGAUUCCCACCUUAGGAAUUUUUUUAAAAAAAAAACAAACAAAAAAAAUUAAAAAACAAACAAAAAAAAGAAGAAGAAAAGGCACCAUUUCACCCUUGUAAAUUUUUUGGUGCAUAUUUUUAUUAUAAUUUUUUCCAAUUUAUUUCUACACCCCUUUUCCUCUCUCCCUUUCCCUUUUUUCCUUCCUCCCUCCUCUCCCAAUUUGGACCUACCAAAACCUCAAAUUUAGUUUUUGUUUUCAUUUGCUUCCUCUAAAUCCCUCCUGGGUUUUGUUUUGUUGCAGAAGCAGCUUUGCUGUGCCCAGUUUUAUAGGUUUAUUGGGCUCCAAGGAUUUAUUUACAGAGAACUGUUCCUAAUUUUGUUAAGAGAUACUGCUAUAAAAAAAGUGAUUUUUAUCCAUAUGUUUUUUGGCUAUGUUUUUUCUUUCUGAGAAUUUUGGAAGGGGGAAAGAGAGAAAGGGCAACAAGGAAAUGGGGAAACAAGGGCCUUGCCGCCACUGCGGCAUCACAAGUACUCCUCUUUGGCGGAAUGGGCCACCGGACAAGCCUGUUCUAUGCAAUGCAUGCGGUUCGAGGUGGAGAACAAAGGGCUCAUUGGCAAACUACACUCCCUUGCAUGCUCGUGAAGGCAUCAUCGAUUCUGAGGAGUUAAAGCUAACUAAAGUAAAAAGUGUAUCACUGAAGCCCAAAGAACCAAAAUUGCCCAAGAAAAAGCAGAGCUAUAGUGUGGUGGGAAAUGAGCGUGAAAUGCCAUUUUCCGAUCAGAAUUUCCAGAAAAAGAUUGUCGAGGGGGAUACAAGCAAUCGAUCUAGUUCUGGGUCGGCAAUUUCAUGUUCAGAGAGUUGCGCGCAAUUUCGGAUGGUUGAUGCAAGUGAUUUGGCAGGUUCAGCACAGUCAAAUGUAUGGGAUUCGAUAGUGCCAUCUAAAAAGAGGACAUAUGUUACUCGAGCUAAGCCUGCCAUUGAAAAGCUUACAAAGGAUUUGUACUCCAUAAUGCAUCAACAACCGUCAUCUGCUUUUUCGGUAUCCUCAGAAGAGGACUUGCUUUACAGUAGCGAAAGUCCAAUGGGUUCCUUUGAGAUGGGCUAUGGAAGUGUUCUUAUUAAGCACCUAAGUUCAAAAUCGCCAGAGGAGGAAUCAGAAGCAAGCUCAUUUCCUGUAGAUAAUAGAUCCACUGCUGGUGAGAUCUCUAUGAGACCCCCAUCCUAUAAUGUACAUAAUAAUAAUGACGGUGAAGAAAUAAAAGGAACAAGCAUUUCAGAUGCUGCAGCUGAUGGCAAGUAUAAAAAGUGUACAGAAAAAGCAGCUCAAGACGAUGCUGAAAGGCAUAAACUCCAGAAUGAGAAGACAGCGAUACUGGGAGACCCCUAUUCGCCCUUGACGUCAAUUGUACUAGAGGAGAAGAAUUGUGCAGGAACUGGAGGAAAGAACGUGUUGAGCGCACCAAAAUUUUCUGCUAGCUCCAAUUUGGCAACCCAUAAGAGGCCUCGUGAUUGUGAAAAUCAAGCUUGUUCAGAGAUAAAAUGCUCAACGAGAAGCCCUAAAAGAAGUCAUCAAUCUGGGUCCACAAAUCUUCCGUCAGAUUGUUCCUCGGAUCCAAACUGCAUUGUUGCAGCCUCGAAACUCAUCGAUGAUGCUGCUGAUUUUCUCGAAAGUCACGGGGCAUGCUUCAGUCCGAGGAGCAUUUUCUCGUCUCCUCUUUCAGAUAGGAGCUCAAUUCUGGUCGAUGACUUGCUGGUUGAUUUCCCGAGCAAUACAUCAUACCCAGAGGCACAGCUGCUCUACCCUUCUCUGGAGAAGAAACCAGUCUCAGAAAGCUCCCAACCAGAGACUGGAGUUACCAAUCGCGAGGGAAGUGACUCGAUCGAUCGUUCGUCGAGUUUCAGAAGCAUGCUGAGUAGGCUCCUAUAGAAGAACAGCAUUAGUCUCAUCAUUAGUGUUUCCUCUAUAAAAUUUUAACUUGGAAAAGAGGUGUUUCUAAUGAUGGGUGAUAAUAACUUGGCGAAUUUUAUGUUAGCGAGUACCGGUAUGUGUCGUUGGAUUGCAGGUUUCUGUAUUGUAUAGCUUUGGCAAGAGUUGUAAGAUAAAGGUAGGAUAAAGUGGUGGAGAUAAGAGUGUGUGUUUAUUCUCAUAAAGAUUCAGAGAUGCUGCAUCACCAUGCCAUGUGCCUUAAAAGAGUCCUUUUUCUAGUUUGAAGUGCUUUGGCCUUUCUAAAGGAGAUUCUAUCUGCCGCUGAUGUGAUGGCAAAUUAAUGCAAUACAGUUUGUGAGAAUUUCUUAAA